GGGCGGGGUCCGAGGAUGGGCAGGACCCCAGCUGGGCGGGGGACCUCCGAGAGCCAGGGAGAGCUGGGGAUUACUCAGGGCGGCAGGUGCUCUCGUGUCCUGCCUGUGUGGACUCCCCAGUCUCCACAGGCCUGCGGGCAGAUCACGUGAUCACGCGGGUCUCGCGUGCAUGCGUGCGUGCGUGUGUGCGUGUGUGCGUGUGUGUGUGUGUGUGUGUGUGUGUCCUGAGUACCCCCAGCCCUCUGGGGUGUAAAUGCUGCUGCAUCUCAGAGGCAACAGAUAAAUUUGAUUUGCUCUCAAGGGAUUCAGAGUCUACCAGGAAAGGCAAAAGAAACUUGUUCUUUAAAUGUGGCGGUGGCCUGGGGAGAUGGCGCAGCUUCUAAAAUGAUUUACCGUCCGACUUCAUUAGGGUUUCUGUCGCUGUGACGAAACACCAUGACCAAAGGCGACUUGGGGAGGAAAGGGUUCAUUUCACUUACAGCUCCAUGUAACAGUUCAUCAUCAAAAGCAGUGAGGACAGGAACUUGAGGAAGCUGAUGCAUGCGGAGGCCACAAAGGAGUGCUGCUUGCUGGCUUGCUCCCCAUGACUUGCUCAGCCUGCUUUCUUAUAGAACCCAGGACCACCAGCCCAGGGAUGGCACCAUCCGCAAUGGGCUGGGUCCUCCCCCAUCCAUCACUAAUUAAGAACACACCCUACAGGCUUGCCUGCAGCCACAGCCUGUGGAAACAUCUUCUCAGCUGUGGCUCCCUCCUCUCUGAUAACUCUAGUUUGUGUCAAGUUGACGUAAAACUAGUCAGUCCACUGUACCAAUAUGAGGACCGGCCUUGAUCCCCAGAACCCAUGUUCUGGGGAUGGUGUACACACUUACAACCCCUUCACUGGGGAGGCAGAGACAGAUCCCUUGGGCUCACUGGCUGGCCAGCGUAGCCCACUUGGUGGGUUGUAGGCCAGUGAGAGACCCUGUCUCAAAAAACAAGGUAGGCAGCACCUAAGAAAUGACACCCAAGGUUGACCUGUGGUCUUCAUACACACACAUGCACACGCACACGCACACACACACACACACACGCACACACAUGCACACACACACGCACAUGCUCACACUCACGCACGGGUACACACUCACAGUGAUUGCCCUCUGGGGGCAGUGGUCACAGAGUGCCGGCCCUGAGACAGCACUGUGGGUGAGUGCAGCUGGAGAGCCCUCCCCGAGUUGCCUCACUGGGACCUUACAGCAGCACCAGAACUACCUCGUCGUAACUUCGCUGUCAGCUCGGUCACCCGGUCACCCAGCAGAAGCAGAAGUCAAGGUGGCCUCAAAGUUCGUGUUCCUUCAACCUAAAAACACAGCCGGGGUGAAGUCCUGGUGGGUGAAGAAAGAAAUACGAGCCUGUUGGCUGUCCUCAGAACAGGCUGCCUUCUUGAAAGACACCCCAGGUGCUGUGUCCGUGCCUUGGUCACUGGGUGCACCUGGUUUUCUGAGGUUAGUGAUUGUGGAUACCACAGGCAGAUGGCCCCUCUUAACCCAUGCCCUCCAGUUUUGUCCAAAAAUGUGUUAGCGUGUGGAACACUGAGUCAUGGGACAUUUUUCCCCCAAGGAAAGAAUUCCUAAGCUAAAUUAUUGGCGGUGACAGGACACCAAGAUUCCCUUUUGAAAGUCACUGUGCCUGUUCCCUUCUGAGAUGAACCCCAGGGGAGUCUGGCAGUGAAGAAGUCUGGUUGCCAUACUGUCGGCUUUUCUUUUCUCUUUUGAAGACUCACUUACGUCAGGGUGUGGUGGUGCACACCCUUUAACCCAGCACUCGGGAGGCAGAAGCAGGCAGAUCUCUGUAAGUUCAAGCCCAGCCUGGUCUACAUGGCAAGUUCCAGGACUAUAUAAUGAGACCCUGUCUUAAACAGACAAAAAAGACUUGUUUAUGUUUAUGAGUGUUUUGCUGCAUAUGUAUAUAUGCAUCACAUGUGUGCCUGGUGUUUGUGGAGGUCAGAAGAGGGUGUUGGAUCCCUGAGAACUGGAGUUACAAGUGAUUGUGAGCCACCAUGUGGGUUCUGGGUACCAAACCCAGGUCCUCUGCAAGAGCAGCAAGUGCUCUCAAAUGCUGAGCCCCUCUUCAGCCCCCCACUGCCCACUUCUACUUGACUGCAGCGCCCUGUGCGAGUAAUAAAGGUAGCUCACAUCUUAAUGGAACACGCGGCAAGCCAUGGCCACUAUGAUGUCCUGUGUGUUGAUUGACAGUGUCAAGGGAACUGAGGCCCAGACAGGUUCCUGAGACCUGUGGCUGGAGAGCGAGCGUUUAACUCUGAGUGAAGGCCAACCUCAGCCAAUCCAUGCUCCCAGCUUCUCUGAAACGUGUGACCCUUGCCUACCGUACAUGGACACUUUUGCCAAAACACUAAAGACGACAGAAGCCCAGACGAGUCACGCCCGUGGUUGUGCCGUCCUGUAACACAACCAUACCGAGGCUUUCAAUGUGGAGAUUUUGAUCAACUGUUAAUUUAUUCAGAAAGGAAAAGCAUAGAAAUUCUCUUUUAAAGGUAAAAGGAGGGCCAGUGAGAGGACUCGGUGGGUAAAGGCCCUUGCGCCAGGCCUGACGGCCCGAGCUUCAUCCCACAACCCACUUGGUGGAAGGAGAGUCCUCUGACCGUCACAUAAGUGUCAUAUCAUGCACACACGGACACACACAAGCAUAUACAGACACAUGCACACACAAACAAACAAUAAAAUGUACUAAAAAUAUGUUUUUUAAGUAAGAGGAGUUAAAAUAAAUUGGUCUGUGAAGUACCUGAGCGCCUGCUUCAUGGUUCUGCUGGGGACAGCACUCAUCCCUCAUGCCUUUGUCAAGUGCUGUGGGCUCUCUGCAGCCUGCGUGUGUGUGUGUGUGUGUGUGUGUGUGUGUGUGUGUGUGUGUGUGUGUGUGUGUGUGUGUGCUGCAGCCUGCCUGUGUGUGUCUGCUGCAGCCUGCCUGCCUGUGUGUGUGUGCUGCAGCCUGCCUGUGUGUGCUGCAGCCUGCCUGCCUGUGUGUGUGUCUGCAGCCUGCCUGUGUGUGUGUCUGCAGCAGCCUGCCUGCCUGUGUGUGUGUCUGCUGCAGCCUGCCUGUGUGUGUGUCUGCAGCCUGCCUGUGUGUGUGUGUGUGUGUAUGUGUGUGUGUGUCUGCUGCAGCCUGCCUGUUUGUGUGCUGCAGCCUGCCUGUGUGUGCUGCAGCCUGCCUGCCUGUGUGUGUGUCUGCUGCAGCCUGCCUGUGUGUGUGUGUCUGCUGCAGCCUGCCUGUGUGUGUGUGUCUGCUGCAGCCUGCCUGUGUGUGUGUGUGUCUGCUGCAGCCUGCCUGUGUGUCUGCUGCAGCCUGCCUGUGUGUGUGUGUCUGCAGCAGCCUGCCUGUGUGUGUCUGCAGCAGCCUGCCUGCCUCUGUGUGUGUGUGUCUGAAGCAGCCUUACCUCUUUUAUUUACAUUACUGAGAAGCAAAGGGGAGGGAAGGAGGCGGCUGAGGGCCUCGCGCCCACCCGCGCCAGGAGAUGCACCCGCACCAGGAGAUCCACCCGCCCCAGGAGAUCCACCCCCACCAGGAGAUCCACCUGCCCCAGGAGAUCGAUCACAGCUUCUGAGGAGGAGAGUGCCUGCCACUCUCCAGGCUCACCCUCCCUCCCUUCCUGCAAAGCGAGAUUCUUUCCUGGCUUUCUUAUUUUAUUUUAUGUGUUUUGCCUGCAUGUAUAUAUGUGCACCACAUGUUUGACUGAUAUCCAAGGAGGUCAGAAGAAGGUGUCGAAUUCCCCAGAAUUGAAAUUACAGACAAUUGUGAGCUAUCAUGUAGGUGCUGGGAAUUGAACCCAGGUCCUCUGGAAGAGCAGUGGAUGCUCUUAACCACUAAGCCAUCUCUCCAGCCCCAAAUUUUAUUUUAUUUAUUAUUUUGUGGUGGGUAUUUUGUGUGCAUGUAUGGCCAUGCACAACAUGCAUGCAAUACCCCGGAGGCCAGAGGAAGAUGUUGGAUCCCCUGGAACUGGAGUUACGAAUGGUUGUAAGCCACCAUAUGGGUGCUGGGAAUCAGACCUGCGUCUUCUGCAUAAACAACAAGGGCCCUUAAGCACUGCACCAUUCUCCAGCCCCUCUUUCCUGGCUUAAAACCUUCAAAUGAGAGACUCUUGAGCUCUCUGCAGCUGAAGUCACAAUACUUACGAAUUCUUACGGCUAAGAGACACUUCAGUAGUUAAGAGCUUCGUGUGCGUGGCUGCUCAUCUUGUCUCCUAGCACGUGGAAGGCAGAGAGCAGCAUUGCAUGGAGAGAGUGGCCCUGUUUCCUCCAGCCCUCCCUUCUGGCCCUUCCAUCUCCUCCUCCUUCUGCAGCCUUCCUUGAAGUCCCCUCUGUUGCUCUUUUAAGACAAGCGGUCUGCCUGAGGUGGGUCACAUAGGAGUGGACACAGAAGGACACCCGGUUGUCCAUUCGCUUCCUCUUCUGCAUGCAACCCCUCCUGCACCUUACCUGCUUCGAAACUGGUUCCUGUUCUACACCUUCCGCUCACAAUCUCAGAGCACCAAGUGGAAGGCUACCCUGGACAGCCUCCUUUAAUCUCCGAGGCUAACACCCUCGUGAGGAGAUGGGGGGUGAGGAGCAAACCAAGAAUAAGAUACAUCGAAAAUGUGCAGCAUUAGCAGAAUAAUUAGGACAUGGAAGUCAAAGGGUAGUGUGUCUCAGGGGGAACCGGGACCUCUUAUUCCCUGUUCAUAGUUUAGAAACCCCGAUGGCAUAGUAGAGAGCAUUUGAAAAGCUGUGUGUGCACACGCUGAGUAAAUGGAUCUUCCAGAAGGAAAACACAGAUCUGCUUUGUGUGGGUCACAGGGAGGGAUAAUGUAAAGUCAUUCUCAUCUGAGGGACCAGUCUUGCAGGAAAAAAAAAAAUCAACCUCUGAAACCUAUAAAUUAGAAAGAUAGUCCUGUAUCGUUUCCUAACCAUGGAGGACACCCUGCUUUUUAUGAAUUCACACAUAGUAAAACUGUAAUAACACCAGAGCUGCUGAGGUUUCUGGGUCCUUGAGGGUUAGGUGCUGGCCGCUGUUAAGUUUGAACACAGUUUAUGUUGGUGUUCUCUACUUUUCUGUAUGUUUAGAAGGUGUGAUUAUUUUAGUUUGAGGGUUCAGCUCGAGUCAAAGGCACUCACUUUACAUGCCCUUUGAACUUCUACAUUUCCUAAUGCCAGGUAAAAGGAGGGAAGGGUGUCUCUGACCUCAGUAAUGGCGUCCUCUGUUCCUC